CACAGUCUCCUCCGGAAUGGCCAACUAUUAUCGCCGCAAGAAGCCCGAUGCGGUGUUCCUCAACGCCAAGCCUCUAAAUAGCGCCAAUGCCCAGGCCUAUUUAUAUGGAGUGCGUAAGUACUCCAUUGGUUUGGCCGAGCGCCUUGAUGCGGACUAUGAAGCGCCGCCAAUGGACCGGAAGAAGACCUCGGAUAGCACCGCCUCCAAUAAUCCGGAAUUUACGCCGAGUGUAUUUUAUAGGAACAUAUCUCCGGUCAACUGGUUCCUACGGAUUAUUGGCGUCUUGCCCAUCGUUAGACGUGGUCCCGCCCGUGCCAAGUUUGAAAUGAACUCAGCUCCAUUUAUUUACUCUGUGGUUUUCUUCGUACUCCUGGCGUGCUAUGUGGGAUAUGUGGCCAACAAUCGCAUCCAUAUUGUGCGCUCUCUAAGUGGACCCUUCGAGGAGGCGGUGAUUGCUUACCUUUUCCUGGUCAACAUCCUGCCCAUUAUGAUCAUACCCAUCCUUUGGUGGGAGGCUAGGAAAAUUGCUCGACUAUUCAACGAUUGGGAUGACUUUGAGGUGCUCUACUAUCAGAUAUCUGGCCAUAGCUUGCCCCUAAAUCUGCGACAGAAGGCCGUGUACAUUGCCGUGGUGCUGCCCAUCCUCUCGGUCCUGUCGGUGGUCAUCACACACGUAACUAUGUCGGAUUUGAAUAUCAAUCAGGUGGUUCCCUAUUGUAUCCUGGACAACCUGACGGCGAUGUUGGGCGCCUGGUGGUUCCUCAUCUGCGAGGCCAUGAGCAAUACGGCUCACCUGCUGGCGGAGAGGUUCCAGAAGGCCUUGAAACACAUCGGACCCGCUGCCAUGGUUGCGGACUAUCGGGUUCUGUGGCUCCGUUUGAGCAAAUUAACCCGGGACACAGGCAAUGCCAUGUGCUAUACGUUUGUUUUCAUGAGUCUAUAUCUCUUCUUCAUCAUUACUCUUUCGAUUUAUGGCUUGAUGUCACAGCUAUCGGAGGGAUUUGGCAUCAAGGAUAUAGGACUAACCAUUACGGCUCUGUGGAAUAUUGGAUUGCUUUUCUAUAUCUGCGAUGAGGCUCAUUAUGCCUCGGUGAAUGUGCGAACUAAUUUCCAAAAGAAACUCCUAAUGGUGGAGCUGAACUGGAUGAAUUCGGAUGCCCAGACGGAGAUUAAUAUGUUUCUCAGGGCCACCGAAAUGAAUCCCUCGACCAUCAAUUGUGGUGGUUUCUUCGAUGUGAAUAGGAGUUUAUUUAAGGGUCUGAUCACCACAAUGGUCACUUAUUUGGUAGUGCUGCUCCAGUUCCAGAUCAGUAUUCCCACUGAUAAAGGUGAUUCGGAGGGCAGCACCAAUAUUACGGUGGUGGAUUUGCUAAUGGACAGCUUGGACAAUGAUAUGACCCUGAUGGGUUCCACGACUACCCGAAGUUCAAUAACAAGCACUAGUAGAACCGCAAUGGCACCAUCGAUUUCCAAGCAAAGGGGCAGAAAGGGUUGA